GGCAUCCUCUGCCGCAGCGACCGCCCGCUCAGAUCCAACUUUGCUCGGAGGUGGCGUGGCGGCGCCGGGGGGCGUGGGCAGGGAGGGAGAAAGCGAGGUCAGGAGGAGGGACCGCGAGGGGUGGGUCGCCUGUUCGCCAGCCCUCCAUCCUUUCUGUGCACCUUGCGGUAGGCAGGGAGCGGCAGCCGCGGCGGCAGCAAGAGGCUAGUGCACACCCAACCAGGGAGACUUAGGGAACCACGGACGGACGGACAGACAGACAGGACCUUCCCCAGCGCCCCCCGAGCCAUGGCCGAGAGAAAGCAAUCUGGGAAGGCAGCAGAAGACGAAGAGGUCCCUGCCUUUUUUAAAAACCUGGGCUCGGGCAGUCCCAAGCCGCGGCAGAAAUUCUGCGGCAUGUUCUGCCCUGUGGAAGGGUCUUCGGAGAACAAGACCAUCGAUUUCGAUUCGCUUUCAGUGGGCCGGGGCUCCGGGCAGGUGGUGGCUCAGCAGCGGGAUGUCGCCCACUUGGGCCCCGACCCGCACCGGCAGAGCCGGCGUGCCAGCGGGGAGCCAUCUGUUGAAUCGAGCCGGAAGGUGGAGAUCAGGCGGGCCUCGGGCAAGGAAGCCCUGCAAAACAUCUACGAUCAGAGUGAUCGUCUUCUGAUCAAGGGCGGCAAGAUUGUGAAUGAUGACCAGUCCUUCUAUGCAGACAUAUACAUGGAAGAUGGGUUGAUCAAGCAAAUAGGAGAGAACCUGAUUGUGCCAGGAGGAGUGAAGACCAUCGAAGCCCACUCCAGAAUGGUGAUCCCCGGAGGAAUUGACGUGCACACUCGCUUCCAGAUGCCUGACCAGGGAAUGACAUCAGCUGAUGACUUCUUCCAGGGAACCAAGGCAGCCCUGGCCGGGGGCACCACCAUGAUCAUUGACCAUGUUGUUCCUGAGCCCGGGACAAGCCUAUUGGCUGCCUUUGAUCAGUGGAGGGAGUGGGCUGACAGCAAGUCCUGCUGUGACUAUUCGCUGCAUGUGGACAUCACUGAGUGGCACAAGGGCAUCCAGGAGGAGAUGGAAGCUCUGGUGAAGGACCACGGGGUAAACUCCUUCCUCGUGUACAUGGCUUUCAAAGAUCGAUUCCAGCUGACGGAUUCCCAGAUCUAUGAAGUGCUGAGCGUGAUCCGGGAUAUUGGUGCCAUAGCGCAAGUCCAUGCAGAGAAUGGUGACAUCAUUGCAGAGGAACAGCAGAGGAUCCUGGAUCUGGGCAUCACGGGCCCCGAGGGACACGUGCUGAGCCGGCCAGAGGAGGUCGAGGCUGAAGCUGUGAACCGGUCCAUCACCAUUGCCAAUCAGACCAACUGCCCCCUGUAUGUCACCAAAGUGAUGAGCAAGAGUGCGGCUGAAGUCCUCGCUCAGGCACGGAAGAAGGGAACUGUGGUGUAUGGUGAGCCCAUCACUGCCAGCCUGGGGACUGAUGGCUCUCAUUAUUGGAGCAAGAACUGGGCCAAGGCUGCGGCCUUCGUCACAUCCCCACCCCUGAGCCCCGACCCAACCACUCCGGACUUUCUCAACUCAUUGCUGUCCUGUGGAGACCUCCAGGUCACUGGCAGUGCCCAUUGUACCUUCAACACUGCCCAGAAGGCUGUGGGGAAGGACAACUUCACCUUGAUUCCCGAGGGCACCAAUGGCACGGAGGAGCGGAUGUCUGUCAUUUGGGAUAAAGCUGUGGUCACUGGGAAGAUGGAUGAGAACCAGUUUGUGGCUGUGACCAGCACCAAUGCAGCCAAAGUCUUCAAUCUUUACCCUCGGAAAGGUCGCAUCUCGGUGGGAUCUGACGCAGACUUGGUCAUCUGGGACCCUGACAGUGUGAAGACCAUCUCCGCCAAGACGCACAACAGUGCUCUUGAGUACAACAUCUUUGAAGGCAUGGAGUGUCGUGGCUCCCCACUGGUGGUCAUCAGCCAGGGCAAGAUUGUCCUGGAGGAUGGCACGCUGCAUGUCACUGAAGGCUCAGGACGCUACAUUCCCCGGAAGCCCUUCCCUGACUUUGUGUACAAACGCAUCAAGGCAAGGAGCAGGCUGGCUGAGCUGAGAGGGGUCCCUCGUGGCCUGUAUGAUGGACCCGUAUGCGAGGUGUCUGUGACACCCAAGACGGUCACUCCAGCCUCAUCAGCUAAGACAUCCCCUGCCAAGCAGCAGGCACCACCUGUUCGGAACCUGCACCAGUCUGGAUUCAGCUUGUCUGGUGCCCAGAUUGACGACAACAUUCCCCGCCGCACCACCCAGCGCAUUGUGGCGCCCCCUGGUGGCCGCGCCAACAUCACCAGCCUGGGCUAAAGCCCCUAGGCCUGCAGGCCACGUGGGGAUGGGGGAUGGGACACCUGAGGACAUUCUGAGACUUCCUUCCUUCCAUUUUUUUUUUUUUUUUUUUUAAAGAGCCUGUGAUAGUUGCUGUGGGCAGCCAGUUCCUGGGGCUUCUUCUUGGGCCCCCUGCACUCGGUCUCCCCUGGAGUUUCUGAAUUCACUCACCCAAGUCCCUACAGAGUCAUAGUCAUGAACAACACCACACCCAAGCCUAGCCACCCAUCCCACACGGAGCUGCAUCCAACAUGCAGACAUGCGCCACCAAACAGAUCCCAGCAAGGGUGCCCCUAUCACAUCCUUGGCCGUGCAGUCAGCACCUUCCUGUCACGGGGAAGAUUUAGUGAAUUGCCCUGAGCUGCCUUCUUUUCUUUGUAAAUUUUUU